AUGGUUUUUGAGUGGCUAGACGAGGGCAAGUUUCACCGUGUUCCCAAGUUGGAGCCGGGUCCUCCUAACGUUUACUUUGGCGAUGUUUUCUCCUCCGCGUCACAAGACGCCCCGAACCUCUUGGCUGGAUCUAUGUUCCUCCUCGAGCAAAUUGACAAUCCCGAGCCGGCUCCCCUAUACGACUACGAUGAGACAGGAGUUGUGCUGAAAGGCGAGCUGCACCUCGAGGAUGAGAAGGGAAACACUGCUAAGCUGUUCCCGGGAGACACCUUCUUUAUUCACCGUGGAAGCAGCAUCAUCUUCUCUACCCCCCGAUACGCUGUGGCCUACAAAGUUGGAGCUCGUCCUAAAUUGUAG